GCAACGAGCAUACACACAGUCAUGCACUGCGGUGCAUCUACAAGUGGAUUAAAAAUGCUGUUUUAAAGCUUUAACCUAUUUACCAAACCUUACUUCUAUUUUUAGAAGAUUGUCUCUAAACCUGCUGCUGUCUUGGAGCGUAUUUAUAACCGGCAUGAAUCUCGGGGAUGGCCUACUGUUUGAACUUGAGAAUGGAAAACCCAGAUUGAUCUUACUCAGUCACGGCAAAGAGAGAAAUCAACCAAAGCAGCCGUCCGUCAGGUCCAGAGCAGCUAACGUCCUCGGCUCCAGGCAGCCGUCCUGUCUGGACGAUGUUCGGGGAGUGGAGCGUCCGCUCCAGCAGCUGGCGGGGAAGCACAGGGAGGCCAAGCUGAAGACAGGAGGAGCUGCUCCCUCCUCUACCUCCAUCACGACCGCCACUGAAGAGAGGAGCACCGUCCUGGCUCCAUCCAAGAGCCUCCAGGAAGGCAGUGUCAAAGCUGUGGCCAAGGUGAAGUCAAACAAACACAAACUCUGCACGACUCUUGGACCCCUAAGAGUCAACGGGAGAGCAGGACAGCCUCUGAAGUCUGGGACUCGAGGAGGUGCAAAGACGGCGUUAAAGGACGAGCCGUCCAGCGGCGACAGAGAAGUGAAGGAGAGAGUUGUUUGUCUAACCGGUGACCAGCUGCAGCAGAUCCUCAGCUCCGUCCAGACCUCCAGCAAUGUUCUACACCCAGCCGAGGACCAGGGACCACAAGGUGGAGGAAAUCAAACAGACCAUAACAACAUCUGUUCUGUGAAUGGAGAAGAAAAGGAGGAAGAUGGAAAAGGAGAUGAGGGAAUGAAAAACGGAGAAGGACGAGAAGCUGUUACAACUAGAAGCUCAGCAGAAAAAGACAGCAGGUUGUCUGGAUGUUUGUUCAGCUGGCUGGAGGAGCGACAGCCGGACAGCAGGGCGGCCAUCACCGCCAGGAAGGCUCAGUGGAAGAAAGAACUAGACGAGCAGGUGGCGCAAAAGCAUCAACAGCAGCAGCAGCAUCAUCAUCAUCAUCAUCAUCAUCAGUGCUCGCUCCCUGACAGACUACAGGGUGGCGAGAAAGCAGAGAGCGUGUUAUCGUGUCAGAGCUCCGUGAGCCACAGAGAGCAGCCUGCAGCCAUCAGAUCCAGCCUCAGACUCGGGGAGGUCACACCUAUGGAGGAGGCUCUGACUGCCAAGAGUAAAGAAGAACAGCGGAGACGCUGGCUGGAGGAGCUGGACCGACAGAGGGAGGAGACGGCUGAGCGCCGGAAGCGAGAGAAACUGCUGCAGAGCCGGACGGAGGACCACGAGCGCUGGGCCAAACACCUGGACUCGCUGCAGAGGAGGCCCCCGGCCCCGGCUGCAGCUCCGUCAGCUCUCCCUCCAGUCCAGCUCGCAGGCUCGGAGCCCGGAGAGCUGGAGCCCUGGUCCAGUCUGUCCCUGGUCUGGGACGCCACCAGCAGCUGUGGAGCCGAGAGCAUCGUUGGAGCCAGUGUGGAUUCAGCCGGCGGAUAUCCCAUCAAAAGCAGCUACCUGAGGACCAUGACGUCCCUGCUGGACCCCGUGCAGAUAGAAGAGAGAGAGAGGAGGAGGCUGAAACAGCUGGAGCAGCAGAGAGCGAUCGAGGCUCAGAUGGAAGAAGGCCGGAAGCGGCCUAAGAGGAGGCGGCAGGAGGAGGAGGAUGAGAGGAGGGUGGCGAUGGAGAGGGAGACGCUGCAGAGGCAGUACGAGCUGGAGGUGCUGAAGAGGAGUCAGAAGCAGCAGAUUGUCCUUCAGGACAAGCAGCCGGAGAAAAGUCCCAGGGACAGUGGACAACGGGAGGACUCCAGCACUACCAGGCAGCUGGAGGGUCCGGAGGACGCCGGCAGAUCAAGCCUCUACAAACACACGGCCGUCCAGACAGAAACAACCAGCCCUCCUCCCCCGCUGAGAGCAGACGUCGUUCAGACUACCGACGUCGCUGUGCGAUCCCCCACUCCUCCGUCUCAGCCCGCCGCUCCUCCGGCCAGCAGGAGCCGAGCGGCGAGGGCGGGGAAGGAGAACAUCUGUGUGCCGGCAGGAGCAGACGUGUACGAGCCGUUCGCCAGGACCGAGCGGAGCGGGAGAGAAAAGAGGAGGCCGGAGUGGAACAAGCAGAGGCCCAGCCAUCAGUUCGUUCCGGCCUCGGAGCGAUACCCGGUCGUCCAGCAGAAGAGCCGACAGGAGAGCCGACUGAAGAGGCAGUCGGAGCUGCUGGCCCUGCAGGACCGGACCCGCCUGGCCAGGACAGAAGAGACCCGGCUCUGCCCCGACUCCCUGAAGACCAGAACCAGCCCCAGCAGGAAGGUGGGAACUGCUUUCACAACCAUCACCGCUGACAGGGGGCGCUCUCCUCCCGUCCCUGCAGAGAGGACCCCAGCUCAGCGUCAGCGAGGCUCCAGUCCUCCUCCAGCGCGGGAGUUUGUUCCUUACGUCCGCACUGAUGAAGUGUUCAGGCUGGAGCCGCUGGAUCCCGCUGAGGCCGCCCUGCUGCACAGACCAGCGGCUCCUCCUCAGAGUUCAGCGUCUCCUCUACGUCAACAUCUGCUCCACCCGCUGCUGCCGCGCAGCAGACCAGCGCAGCGGCAGCAGGAAAUCCUCAGCAGACUGGCGGAGCUGCGGCAGAGUUUAUUACAGAAGCAGAGGGAGCUGGAGACGGAGCCCAAUCCUCCCCUGAAGGGCCAUGAGCCGCAGCCGCCCUCGACAGUACACGCCGCAACCAGCACGUCGCAGCACUGAACUAAUGAAGACCCGCACGCUUCGCGAGGUCAUUAAUCGGGAUGGAGGGGACAGAAAAACCUGCAUCUAAGGGCACGGGGAAGAUGAUGCAACAGAAUCAUGUGACUGAUCAGGACCUGCAGCUCCAAACCUAGAAGAGCUGCAGGAUCUGCACAUCCUGAAGAGAAACAGGAAGCUGUGACGCAGCGUUUGUGGCGCGCUCUAGCGACGACGAGAUCCGUCAGGUUUGACCAAACCACAACAGAGCAGGAGUCUGUUUUUACGUGGUGACAGUGACUGCACCGUUGUCCAAUUUUACCAGAUUUAACUGCAGGUUCAGCUUCUCUUUGUUUAAAUUGCACAGACGAAUCGACGUUCACGACACAAAGCCGUCAACAUCUAUUUCUCACUUUCCCCUCAACCCAUCGUCUCACUUUAUUACACGUUUGCACACUGUGGAGAAGUUCUACCUCAUCGACAGAAGAUGCUUGCAGCGUUAAUGUGAAUUCACACCAUUUGUUAUGUGAAAAAUGUGUUUUAAUGUUUGCUUUUUAUGUAUUUUGUAUGAAAACUACUCUGGUCCUGGUAUUAAAUGUUAAAUUAUCAUCCUUAAAGAGACUGGCUUGAUUAAGUCAUUAAAGUUCUGUUUUUUUAAGUCAACUGCUGUUUGUAGAUAUCAGUGUUAAUUACAGUACUGGUGUCUGAUUUGA